AUGGACAAAGACAUUGAGACUCCUGUGCGCAGGUAUGAACAAUGUCAGCUACAUCAAAAAACACCUGCUAAAGCACCACUGCACCCCUGGGAAUGGCCCAAUGAACCCUGGACGAGACUCUACAUUGUCUAUGCGGGGCCGUACAAGGGAGAGAUGUUCUUGAUUGUGGUGGACGCCUGUUCAAGAUGGCUUGAAGUACACCUGAUGAAGGCAAUUACGUCUACUGCAACAAUUGAGAAACUGAUGGAGAUUUUUGCGACCCAUGGCCUCCCAAAAACAGUAGUAUGUGAUAAUGGGACCAACUUUACUAGUGCAGAAUUUGAACACUUCAUGGCAAUUAAUGGCAUCAAGCAUAUCAAAGUGGCCCCUUACCACCUAUCGUCAAAUAGGCAAGCUGAGAGAGGAGUGUGA